AUGGCGGACCUCACAGAGUACAACGUAGUAGUGUUCACUCGGAGUGAUGGUCAGGAUUAUGGACCGGGGUACUGGCCAGCCCCCGCAGAUGCGGCAACCAAGAAUGCGAAGAAGACGACGCAAGAAAAGACACCAAGAGCGAAACCUCAGAUGGUACGGCUAGCCGAAGAUGAUCCAAGGUUUCAGGAGUGGCGUGUGAAGCUAGGAAUCUUGCUGAAGCAAGAGCUUACACCUACAGGUGAGGACAUGCUCCCCUGCCUUCCCGCUGGCGCAGUCGUCUAA